GACUCUCCAGGGGAUCUAACGGUUGUGUCAGCUGGUUUAGUCCCACCAGUUCCCACUGACUCCCCCUGUCCGUGGCUUUUUUGCAACCGGCUAGCCAGGUUGCGAUGGCUUCUUAGACAGCAAAGCCCCACUCUGACCCAACAUCGCCGGUCUGAUUGUCGGGUCUAAGAGUGACAUCACCCUCGUCCAAUCAGUACCGGCGCUACUUUCAGUUCCCAGCCUCGGCCUGUUGCCCCCCCGAUCGGCUCGGUCCGCCCACAGCCCCUCCGGCAAGGGCGGGCAACUGUCAAGACAGCGGAGUGGACAAGGCACUCCCAGGUACUUACGGCUGAGGCGGGAAGUCUUCCGCUGACAGCCCAGCUGUGCGCAUCCAUCCCUCUGCCAGUAGCUGCUACCGCACAGCUGGAUUCCUUUAUUUGAAGUUCAGACCUUCUUGAAAAUCAACAUUCCUGUUAUCAUGAAGUUGAGAGCUUCAACCAAUUAUUUUGUUGCAUUUUUUUUAUUUUUUUAUCUGGCAGGCCUGAAAUACUCAACUGCUAUUGGAAGUAAUGUUCGUGAUACGAUACAUGGAAUCACAGUUCACAUACGAGAUGAACUAAAAGGUUAUGGACCAAUUUUUGAAGAAGAGCCCAUUGAUACGGUAUACCCAGAAGAGUCUCCAGAUGCAAAAGUGUCAAUGAACUGCAGAGCCAGAGGAAUCCCUACACCUACUUACAAGUGGCAACGCAACAACUGGGAUGUUGAUAUUAAAGUGACAAAAGAACAUUACAGUAUGGUAGGAGGUAACCUGGAAAUCAAUAAUCCUGAGAAGUCAAGGGAUGAAGGAACAUAUGUUUGCAUAGCAUAUAAUAUACAUGGAACUAUAAGAAGCCGGGAAGCAACGUUAAACUUUGGAUAUUACUACCACCCUCGUGUCCAAUUACAUCCUUUCCCCCCUGGAUCCAUUAGUGGAACGUCCAGCACCCAGCGUAUCCAACACGCUGCUAAUUGCCGCAGACAGCACUCGACAGGUCGGCGUCUGACGUCAUCAGUUGGUCCGGGCCGUUCGUUGGCAACCGGCACUCAUCAUCUCGUCAGCAACUAUGAGUCCACAUCUCGCUCGCUACUCUCUAGGUUCUGCGCCGAAUGCUGCAGAGGGUGGACGUUCAGCAUAGGAUCAGAUGUUGGUGUCACGGCUCCAGGAUCAAAAGGCUAUGUGCCAGAUAUCAGAGUGAAGUUCAAAGAUACAUAUGCACUUUUAGGACAAAAUGUGACGCUAGAAUGCUUUGCACUUGGAAACCCUGUUCCUGAGCUUAGAUGGAGUAAAUAUCUUGAACCAAAGCCAAGCAGUGCAGAUAUAAGCAUGUCUGGUGCAGUUCUAAAGAUCUUCAAUAUUCAGUUUGAAGAUGAAGGAAUAUAUGAAUGUGAAGCUGAAAAUUACAGAGGAAAGGAUAAACAUUCAGCAAAAGUGUAUGUUCAAGCACAUCCAGAAUGGGUGGAACAUAUUAAUGAUACCGAAAGAGAUAUUGGCAGUGAAUUCCAUUGGCCAUGUAUAGCUACAGGCAAGCCUAUUCCAACAAUCCGGUGGCUGAAAAAUGGAUUACCGUAUUGGAAAGGAGAUUUGAGAUUUCUUAGCCUGAAGCUUGAAGAUUCAGGCAUGUAUCAAUGUGUAGCAGAAAAUAUACAUGGAAUGAUUUAUUCAAAUGCUGAAUUAAAAGUUAUUGUUUUACCUCCAACCUUUGAAUUCUGCCCAAUGAAGAAAGAUGUUUUAGCUGCAAAAGGAGGGCAGGCUAUAAUUGAGUGCAAGCCUAGAGCAGCUCCUAAACCAAAAAUUACCUGGAGUAAAGGGACAGAAAUUCUUAGAAAUUCAACCAGGAUACAUAUAUGGUAUGAUGGCAGCCUAGAAAUUAUUAAUGUUACAGCAGUCGAUGCAGGCAAUUACACCUGCUUUGUGGAAAACAACAAAGGAAAAGCUAACAGUUCUUCUGCUCUUAUAGUCACAGCUGCAACAAGGAUAACAUUAGCACCAACUAACGUUGAUGUCACUGUUGGAUUGAAUGCUACCAUGCAAUGUCUUGCAUCCCAUGAUCCUUCUUUAGACCUGACUUUUAUUUGGCUCUUAAAUGGAUAUCCAAUAAAUGUUGAUAAAGAGAGUGAUUAUUAUGAAAGAUCUAUCAUGAUAAAAGACAAUGGUGAACUUAUUGUCAAGAAUGCCCAGUUGCGCCAUGCUGGAAGAUACACAUGUGUUGCUCAGACAAUUGUUGAUAAUGCCACAGCUUCAGCUGAUCUUGUUGUGAGAGGACCCCCAGGACCUCCUGGUGGACUCAAAGUAGAAGAUAUUAAAAAUACAUCUGUAAUGCUUACAUGGAGUCGUGGGAUAGAAAACCAUAGUCCUAUAUCAAAUUACACUAUUCAGUCAAGGACUUUUCUGUCCGAGUAUUGGAAAGACAUGAAAACAGAUCCUUCCAUUGUUGAUGGAAAUGCAGAAUCCGCAAAAGUUAUUGAUUUAAUUCCAUGGAUGGAAUAUGAAUUUCGUAUAAUGGCCACUAAUAUUUUAGGGACAGGAGACCCUAGUAUACCAUCACAGAAAAUUAGAACAGAAGGAUCUCCUCCAAAUGUGGCCCCUUCUGAGGUUGGAGGAGGAGGUGGAAGCAACAGAGAACUGACAAUAACAUGGGUGCCUUUGCCAAAAGAGUAUCACUUUGGUAAUAAUUUUGGAUAUGUGGUAGCUUUCAAGUCGUUUGAUCAAAAUGAUUGGAAAAGUGUUACAGUUCCUCAACCUGAAAUUGGUCGGUAUGUCCAUAAGGAUGAAUCAAUGCUUCCUUCAUCAAAGUAUCAAGUAAAGGUGAAAGCAUUUAAUAACAAAGGAGAAGGACCUUUUAGUCUUACUGCUAUUAUCUAUUCGGCAGAAGAUGCUCCUACUGAAAGGCCUAGAAAUGUACAAAUAAAAGUUCUGUCAUCCACGGAAGUAUCUGUUUCCUGGGAGCACAUUUUCAACCCAGCUGUUACUGGGUAUGAGAUCAGUUACUGGUCCAGCAGUGAAAAAGAAAUAGCUGCAAAUAGAGUGCAAGUGAGCAGUCAGAAUUUUUCAGUAAUGUUAGAAAACCUGAAGCCUUAUACAAAAUACUAUACAAAAGUGGCAGCUUUCAAUGCAGCUGGCAUUGGACCUUACACUUAUCCUUUGGAUUUUGUUACAGAAAAAGCACCUCCAAGGCAGCAACCAAGAAUUAUCAAUGCUGUAAGGUCUGGUUCAAAGUACAUCAUCACGUGGGAACAUGUUAAGUCACAGUCCAAUGAAUCUACUGUGAAAGGAUAUAAAGUGCUCUAUAGACCAGAUGGUCAAUUUAAUGGUACACUCUUUAAGACGGGUAACCAUUAUAUUGAAGUUCCUGCACCUAUUAAAGGACAGUACGUUGUUGAAGUUCGGGUCCACAGUGAAGGGGGAGAUGGAGAAGUCGCUCACGUGAAAAUUCCAGGAGCUGCUGCUGGACUAUUACCUAGCUGUAUUGGUUUAUUGUUGCCUGCCCUUGGUAUCCUUAUCUUUUGGGAAUUCUGAAUGUACCUGAACAUGUCCUCAGUUUAGUGCAAAGGACUGAACCUAAAAGAAAUCCUUCUUUUCUUCAAUUUCUUGAGGCAUUUUCCUAAGCCAAAUAAAUUACACUUCCGAGUAUAUUAUCUUCCUAACAACUAUGGAACUUCAAGGACUGAAACACCCAGAAACUCCUUCAUCAAGCAACUCAAGUUUUGAAAGUUUGAGGAACACUUUUUAACAUGUUCAAUGUUAUGCCUUAUGAAACACUUCUGCUGAUCUGCAACAGUUGCAUGAUUCAGUCAAAUGGGGCAAGUUACAGUGUAGUGUUAAAUCUAAUAAUGUAAGCUGUAUGGUAAAAAUAAAAUCACCACACAUAGGUGCUUUAACUUUCAUAAUAAAUUGUGAAAACAUAAUAGAGAUUGAAAAAAUGAUUAUAUGUGGUAUAUGUAGAAGCAACUACGUCUGUCCGUACUAUCCUAUCUGUUUUGUGUACUGCAUUUUUUUUAAUGGCCCCUGACAUUUAUGACUUUUCAGGUUUUUAAAGAUACAGUCAAAGCAAAAGCAUUGCACUCAUUUUACAGCUUUUGUACUUGAAGUGAAUAAAUGGAUUGAAAACACUAAAAUGCAAGUUAAGGAGUAAAAGACUUUAUUUCUGGAUCCAUUAUUAACAGCAAAAGAUUCCAGUACCUAAAUUAUAUAAUGGGAAUUUAACUCAACAUAUUGUUUUAAAUAAUGCAAAUCAAGUGAGAUUUAUCUCAGUCACAAAGAAGUUUAUUUUGCUGUAAAUGAUCUUAAUAGCUAUAUAAACAAAUUUACUUUUAGUAUUUUAUCUAAAUGUAAUUGCCACAUUUGAGUAAAUCAAAUUACAUAAUUUAGAUUUUAAUAUUACAGACACGUUAUUUUUAUUAAUCCCAGUUGCAUAAAUAUUGAUAUGAAUAUAGUAUUUAAAUAGUGUCUAAAAUCAAAGCAAAUGCUGCAAUAACAAAGACAUAUGCAGUAAAAAGAAAACAAAUUAGCAGUUAACAAAAUCUAUCUGACAGGAUUGUUUUCCUCUAAGACACUUAUUGCCUUCUUUUAAUGAAGGCCAACCUGGAGGAAAAUGAUUUGUAUUUUCCAAUGAAUUAACAUUGUUUUACUUCCUAGAGUUAUAAAUAAGAGUUGUAAUGUCCGAAUCCAAUUUUCCCUAUUUAAUUAUCCUAAUACAUUACAAUUCAAAAAUAGAGCUCAAUUAUUCUGUUUCCUUUAAAUAAGUUUUCAAAUUUAGGGUUCCCACAAAAGAUAAAGAAUGCCUUUGUUCUGAAUGUUUCUAUGCGGUAUUUAAUUUUUUAAAAAAGGUAUACUUAAUUCUUUUAGAAACUAUUGAGAAUUUGGUAUGAAUUAAAAGAAAAAAACUGCUCAAGUUAUACUGAAUCAUUGGCUCAAGUAAUAGUGCAAAUGUCUGAUGCUUCCAGAAUUAUAAGCUUGGAGUCAUAUUUUAUUAGCAGAACCUUGCUAGCUGCUUUAGAAAUAGAAUUUAACUUUUUAGAGCGGAUAUUGUAGAUGCCCAUAAUGAUACCAUCCAUGUGAUUCAAGAACAGAUUUGUCAGUACUUUACACUCAUUCUUUAAUAUGUAUGACCUUGUAUCAUAUAUUUACAUUUUAAAACUCUAGACUCUUCAUGCAAAAUAUCAAUAACUCUUUAACUUUUGUUAGUUUGAAACUUUUUUAAACAGUAGGUCAAAGGAUAAUUUCUUUCUAACUGAAUGUUAGAAGAUGCAUAAAUGUUAUUCAUAAUUAUAUACUUAUUUAAAGAAACUAAAGUAUCUUCAUGCAUAAGAAACUAAUGUCUUUCUAUAUAUUUUGAUUUGGUUUACUUUUAUGCAAAGUAUCUCAUAUUUUAUAUAACCUAAGUUCACAUUUUUUCUUUCUUUCUUUUCUUUUUUGCCAAAAUGCAUGCCUGUCAGUUUCUAACACAUGAUAAAAAUAUCAAAAGUAGAUAUUUUUGCAUGGAUAACAUUUGAAAAAUCAAAGCAUAUGUAUUUAAUUUAAGUUGCAAUACAUUUGAGUGAGCUAUCAUCGCUCAGACUAAUGAACUAAUCCCAGAUUUUCAUUGUUCUGUGCAGCUGUACAAAUUUUACUGAAAUACUCAGUAAACAACCAACAGUUGUUGGCGCGACUCGUUAUAUACUGUAUCAUCUGGUUUACGUUGCAAGG